AUGGAAGCCGCCAUCCGCUUCUCCCAGAACUCAUUCCCUGCAAACCCGCAGAGAUUCUUGUACGUCGAUGUCGUUGGGAGAUCCUUCAAAUUGUGCAACGUCACAAAACAGAGCAAAAGAGUCUUCGAAUAUGAAGCCAUUCAUACGACGACCAAAGUCCCAGCAUUUCGGGCCUUUGACUGGCAUCCCGUCAAUGAGGAUCUGGUUGUUGUCGGUCAAGCGGGAGGAGAGGCCACUCUUUUGAAUAUCGCCGAGGGUCAGCAGGACUCCUUGUCUUUUCAAGUGAGGAGUCAGCGCUUGUGCAAUGCCGUGGCCCUCAACAGUCAAAAUCUUCUGGCCGCAGGGCUGGACAAAGUGAGGACUGAUUUUUGUCUCAAUAUAUGGGAUUUCAACCAGGGGCUACCUACAGCAGGAUCAACGGGCUUUUCCAAGAAUCAUUCAGAACCCCUUCAUAAGCUGGCAAGCGGGGAGCCCAUCACCAGUUUGAAGUUCUUCCAGGACGACCCUUCACUCUUGGUAUCUGGGGUUAAAGGUCAAUUUGUCAGAUUGUAUGAUUUGCGAGAGCCGUCCAUCGGAAAUGGGUUGCAAUUUGCCACCCGGUGUGUCCAUAACCUGGCUAUCGACUGGCUUGAUCAGAACUACUUUGCUUCUUGCUAUCCAACAAACGACCCAUCGAUCUGUGUUUGGGACCGGAGAAUGAUCACCCGCCUCAACACGCCACAAUUGGGCUUCACCGGAGGGUCUCAUAGUGAAAAUCGCCAACCCGAGCUGUCACUAGAGCUAAAGAGCGUCGUCGAAAGUCCAGGGACAGUUUGGAGCGUGAGAUUUUCCAAAGCUGAGCGAGGGUGCUUGGGCGUUCUCUCCAGUACUGGACAUCUGAAAGUCUACAAAUUGGGCAAAGAUUUCUCUUCACAGACCUACAGGGUCGAAAAUGACGGACGCCAGGAUCUCUCAUGGGAGACCAGCACACCUCAGGAGAUCUUUCUCGAGCGAGCUCAAGACCUCGAGAGGCCAUAUGCAAGUGCCGCUGCUCCCAAGAACGAGAAAUCCAGGAUUGUGUCCUUUGACUUCACGACAGCCACAACCAAUACGAGGCAAUCCAAGAUCUUGACACUUGACGGACGUGGCGAGGUCAAGCUCAUAUCCCCCAGCCCUCCUCCAGGCCCGUCGCCCCUCUGCUCCGCUGGGUAUCUAUGCAAAGGCAGUCAUUUCAUCGAACAGUUAACCACUCCCACUCCUGAACCAGGAACUGCAAUCGACCAAGUCCGUCGUCGGGCUCAGCCCCGGAACAUUCUCAGACAGACCUUUAAGCAAUCACGACAGAACAGGACCAUUGCAGAAACUAAACGAAUGUCGAGUCUUGAUGAUCAGGCAUGGCACGCCGACUUAGGUUUCUACGAAAGGGAUGUGCCAUUACCAGACCUUGUGACAUUGACCUCAAUUCAACGGUUGCGGUGCGAAGCAGGUUAUCUUCUCAACCCCUCCAAAAAUAAGGCCAUUGUCUCAGACUCCCACUGGCUACAAUCAUUCUGGGCUUGGGUGGAACGAGCUGCGAAAAUAUCGAGAAAUGGCAACAUGGCACACGAAAAUUUCGAUCUUUCUUACAUCGGCGUUUAUGGUCUCUGGAUGGAAGACAUCGAUCCCAAACAUCGAAUGCUCGGUCAAAGCCCUAACAAACUCGGCAAAACUAUUGAGAAUCUGGUGCACCGUUUGAAUAUACCUGGCAUCAGCAAAACGACAACCGAAUAUACCGCCAACAGGCAGCUCUGCCUCUAUUCAGCCGGCCUAGCCUGGUCCUCUGACGAGCUCAAGUCGAUCGUCAAACGGCUGGUGACGAAAAAUCAGCAUACAAAGGCGGCAGCCUUGGCUCUGUUUGCGAUGGACCGCAAGUUGGCGUACAAGGCACUCCGCGAUAAGACUGCCAAUCAGUCCCACAAAAUGCUGGCCAUGGCAAUCGCCGGGUCAUUCAAGAAAGCCCGAAAUGAAGACACUGGAGCAAGUAGUCCGGGAGAGUCGGACGCCCAGGAUGAUUGGGCUGACACGAUUUCAUCCCUUGCCGACGAGUUGACGGAUCCCUAUGCGCGAGCGAUCCUAGCAUAUGUCAAAACCGGGGAUUGGUCAAAUGUAGUUGCCGAAGAAUCCCUUCCUCUCAAAUACCGCGUUUGCAUUGCUUUGCGACACUAUGACGAUUCGAGACUGACAAAGUACAUCUCUGAUACGACCAAGGAAGCAUUGGCUGCAGGAGACAUUGAAGGUGUUGUGCUGACAGGCACGGCAACGCAGGCCGCUUUCGACCUCAUGAGCGGCUACGUUCAGCGCUUUGGUGAUUUACAAACGGCGGUAUUGGCACUUUGCUCGACCAUUCCACGAUACUUGGAUGACGAGACAGUGCUUCGUAAGUUCAAUGGCUGGAAAGAUGCUUACAGGCACAUGAUGAACAGUUGGAAUCUGAAGUUUGACCGAGUGCGGUUCGAUAUAGCCUGCCACAAUGCCGCUAGAGAUGAGCGGGGAAGACCGCUGAUACCCCCGGCAAAACAGCAAGUACGUCUCGUCUGCGGCUUUUGCGCACAGAGCAUUGCACAUUUGGCGGGUGCUGCUGGCGAAAGUGUGUCCGGCCACAAGGUUAUGGAUACAGCUCGGCACCCGCUGACCAAGGAAAAGGCGGCAGCUGUUGGUAUAGUGUGUCCCAAGUGCGAACGACAUUUGCCACGUUGUGGUGUUUGCGACCUCUGGCUUGGAGAGCCUGAUGGAUCCUAUCUGCCGUGGUCCGGAUCGCAAUUAGCAUCGAAGCAUGACGCCGGCAAGGCCAGUCUUGAUCUCAGUUCCAGCAUUGCGGGGAGUGUGCAGACAACAUUGGGACCGGACACCACCCUGGGACCAAACAUCAAGGGCAGCUCGCCUCGACAGAAACACUCGGUCCCAGUGAACUCCAAGGUUUCAACGAGUGAGUCGUCGACAAAGACGGCCGUCCCUACUUCCCCGGCACCCAGCAAGACAGUGGAUUCAGUUCCCGACAUUAUGGUGGCAGCGCCAGAAGGUUCAGGCCACGGGCAAGGGCCUGGUGGCGAGAUGAAGAAGGUAGAGGCCGCGCGGAAGUGGGAUAGCGCCAUGUCUCGAUUCACGGUGAUGUGUCUGAAGUGUUCUCAUGGGUGUCACGCUGCACAUGCACGAAUGUGGUUCGAAAGGCAUCGUGUGUGUCCGGUUCCGGACUGUCCGUGUCUCUGCAAUGAGUGA